AUGUACUUGUCACUACCCGUAACAGAGGAGAUUCCAAAGCCGGAGGAGGAGGAGAUACCGAUGCCGGUGCCGGAGGAUGAAGAGGUUCCGCCGGAGGAUGGGGUUCUCGAGCAUAGUAGGAGGAUGAGGAGGUUCCCCUUCAAUCACGAGGUGAUGAACAUGAUAAUCUGGAUGUUAAGCAUGGAUGGUGCCAUGGUGGUUUAA